GUUUGUCUUUUGGUGAACUUUGCCUCUGCCUCUGCCUCCUCGGUCAAAGUAUUAGCUGCCGCUUCUCUGCUCUAAACUGCACUCAGUCCGGGUUAUGUUGGAGAGGUGAAAGACUUUCUACAGGACUCUACUUUACGGCCCAGCGGAUUUUCCUGCGUUUGUUCUAAAGACUAGUUGCAGACCAGUAAAACCAAUCUGGGACUCUGAGUUUUAUCCAGCAUGGGGGACGUGAUUUCCAGUCACCUGGAUGAAGCCAAACGGGAGAUUAUCACAGCUCGGACCCAGGAGGUGAUGGGCAAGUUUGGCGGUCUGUACGAGCAGCAGUAUGCAGUGGCUCUCUUUAACAAAGUUCGCUUUGACAUAGAAGGAGGAGGUGGCCCACAGCCCCAGCUACUGCACCGCAAGAUUCCUCUGGAGAACAAGUCCAUCUUCUCCGGCUCACUUUUUCAGUAUUUGGAGGAGAACAAGAAAUGGAGAAACCGCUUCCUCUUCGUCCCAGACUCUUACAACAUCAACUAUUACGACAGCAAAGCGUCCCAUGACAGACGUCUCCAUCCCAAAGGAACCAUCAACUGUGCCGGCUACAAAGUGCUGACAUCUAUGGAGCAAUAUCUGGAUCUGUUCAGCAACAGCCUGCCCGAUGUAAAAGCAAAAGUGGGAAGUUCCCCCUUCCUGAAGUGUGCCACCCAGUUCCCUCUGAUCCUCUGGCACCCUUACGCUCGCCACUACUACUUCUGCGCAGUGGCAGAGAACGAGCAGCAGAAGUGGCACGCCGUCCUCCAGGACUGUGUCCGACAUGCCAACGAUGGUUUGUCAGAGGAGGAUAAAGUCCAAACACCAGCCUUCACUGAUGCAGUGCGACUCUACCGCCAAGCUCAAGGGAACUACGGCACCUGGGAGAUGAUGUGUGGUGCACCAUCGCAGAUCCUGUCUAACCUGGUGAUGGAGCGCCUCCUCCCCGAGCUGCGGGAGCUCAUCUCGCCACGCCUUAAAGGCAAACUGCAUGAGAGGCAGAGGAACUGGAUGCUGAUCAGUGAUGCUGUGUACAGCCUGGUGCAGGGGCAGUGUCAGGCCCACUAUGAGGCGGUGCUGCAGAGGUGUGAGGCGUCCUGCUCCUCUCUGGAGGCCUCCAUACGCACUGACAUGGACCAGAUCAUCACCUCCAAAGAGCACGUCACCAACAAGAUCAGAGAGGUGGUUCUCCCUAAAGCGGAGAAACUGCUGAAGGUGAGUAUCCAGCCCUACAUCAGCUCCAUCCUGGACGCCCUGAUGGAGCCCACCAGUCGAGGCUUCUCUGAGGUCCGCGACGUAUUCUUCAGGGAGCUAGUGGACAUGAGCAAGAACACCCUCAAUGAGGGUACCAAGGAGACCAUUGCACAGCACAUGGAGAAGAUCUCCAUGCUGGCCUUCCAUCCGGUCAAGAUGCAGAGCUGCUAUGAGAAGAUGGAGCCGCUGAGUCUGGAGGGUCUGCAGCAGAGGUUUGACGUCUCCAGCCCCUCAGUGUUUGUCCAGAGGGCUCAGAUCCUCAUGAGAGAGCAAAUGGACCAUGCAGUGUACACAUUUGAGCAGAUCCUUCAUCAGAGUCUGGAGUCUCAGGGUACAGAGGAGCUCUGCAAGACCAUCCAGCGCUGCCAGGACCGAGUCAUUAAGAAAUUUGACUAUGACAGCAGCACAGUGAGGAAGCGUUUUUUCCGUGAGGCUCUCCUCCAGAUCUUCAUCCCCUACAUGCUGAAGCAGCUCAGCCCCUCCUGUGCCUCAGAGCUGCCGCGCUUCCAGGAGCUGAUCUUUGAGGACUUUUCCCGUUUCAUUCUGGUGGAGAACAUCUUUGAGGAGGUGGUGCUGCACUCGGUCAUGAAGGACAUCAUGAUGGCUGUGAAGGAGGCGGCAGUCCAGAGAAGACACAACCUGUACAGGGACAGCAUCGUCCUCAGCAACAGCGACCCCAGCCUGCACCUACUGGGAGAAAACCCCUCCAUCGACUGGGCCGGGGAGUACGGAGGAGCUCAGGAGGAGGCGGAUGGAGCAGGGGAGGACUCUGAGGGUGAUGCUCAGGGUGAAGGUGGAGACUCCCAGAAGAGGAGGAGGAUGAAGCAGGUAGUGUCUAUGAUCCAGGUGGAAGGCUCCCCAGUCCUGCCAAACGAGUCAUGUGUGGAGGUGCCCGGCGUAAAUGACAUCCCAGAGGAGGAAGGAGAGGAGGAGACAGAUGGAGAAUCUGAUGGUAAAUCUGACGAGAAUAAAUCUGUGAGUCCCAAAGCUUCAGAGAACCCUCUGGACAUGUCAAAUGGUUCAGUCUUGAAGGAAGAAGCCAAACCAGACAAGCAGGGGAAAGAAGAAGUCCCAUCUGAGGUUAAAUCUGCUCCAGAAAGUGCUCCAGCCGUAGAGGAGAAAGGUCCAGGAGGGGAUAGCAUGCCCGUGGUGGGGCAGCAACCACCCUCCAACCAGGAGGAGUUAGAGGAAGCACUGCCGCCACCACCACCGUCCGAGGAAAUCCCAUCUGAAGCUACAGAAGCGACUGCAGAGAACCUCCCAGACGCCACAUCUGACUUCCCUGCUCCUCCACAUGACGACAGCGGCUUCCAGUCUCCCAGCAGUGAAGGAGCGGAGGACGAGGAGGAGGAUGUGGCCCUCAGUACAGAGGCCCCACAGCCCUCAGAGGAGCACCUGGCCCCCAACACAGAGGCCGUUCAGCCCUCAGAGGACAAACCAGCCCGCAGCGCAGAGGCCCCACAGCCCUCAGAGGAGAACCUGGCCCCCAGCGCAGAGGCCCCACAGCCCUCAGAGGAGAACCUGGCCCCCAGCGCAGAGGCCCCACAGCCUUUAGAGGCGAACCCGGCCCCCAGCGCAGAGGCCCCACAGCCUUUAGAGGAGAACCCGGCCCCCAGCGCAGAGGCCACACAGCCCUCAGAGGAGAUCCCAGCGGCAACGGAGACCAAAACCAGUGACUCUAAGACCAGAGACCAGUGAUGUAACCAUUUUCUAAAUUGAUUUCUUCUGUUAUUGUUUUGUUUAUUUGACAAAGAUUGAAAGACUCUUCAUGCUGUUUUAACCACAUCCAUUUGCAGUUCUGCACCAUUUUCAGGCACAGCCAUCCCGUGCAGCAGAUAAUUUUCACCGAGCAGGGCUCAGGUGCCAUUGUCAUUUUGUCAAAUUUUGUUUUUCUGUAUCGUUUUCCCGACUUUGCAUCUGACAGAAAAUUCUCAGCAGACUCUGAGCUUUCAGUCCUCUUCAGUUCCACACAUUAGUUUCUCUUCACCUGGUAGAAAUGUGAGCACAGCGGGUGACCUCGAGUCCAUAAUGGUGUGUUACAAACAUGUGACAAGUUGUAAGAACACUGCAGUGGAGGAGGUGUCUUUGGUGAAAUGGAUUUAGUAGAAGUGCAUCUUGUUGAACUACUGUGUAACCUUCAGAAAUUAGAUUUUUUUUUCAGCAUUCAUUGGUGUACAUACAGUUAAUGGACACUCACUUAUUAGUUGACAGAAACUACUUUUCAAAAUGUGCAAAAAUCUUAAAAGUCUUUUUUCCCCACCAUUACAGUCCAUAUAUCGUCAGGAUGCACACACUGACAUCUGAAGACUUUAUUUUGUGUUAGUGGGAAUAACGCUAUUUAGAGUUUGUCCCUUAAUAAAGUAAGCUUUUGUAUAUUAUGUAUAAAUAGUUGUAUGGACUGGGGAGCUACCAAACUGUCAUUUUUACAAAAUUUUAUAUAAUUUCCUAAGUGCCUUACCUGAUCUGUCCACUCCCUAUUUUAUUUAUUAUUCAGCACCCCCUCUCUUUCUUGUCCUUUGUACUUUUAGAUUUCUUUUACUUGUGUGAUACAUAUGACUGUUAUUGAUAAUAAAUGAUUAUCAAUUAAAUAUUA